GAAGCUGCCCUCCUAACCAUACAUGGUAAGUAAUGGCCAGGACAUCCUCUCGGACCAGAGACACCCGCGUAAAAGGAAUCUAUUUAUCUCAGUGUGUGGAGGGGGGAGCGUGGAGAGAGUGGGAGGACCCAUGGGACUGGAUCGCACCCUCGAAACUUUCCACAGAGAAAAUUAGUCUCACAACUCGUCGGACUUUAAACAUGUUUCUUUCAGAGUCUGAGGAUGAAUUAGAGCAGGUCCACUCGGACUCGGAGUCUGAUAGCGACAACAGCCAUGGCAGCCUGGACGAGGACUACAUUCCGAGGGGGGGGGUCCGAGGAUCAGAUCAGGAAGACUUGACUGAUGAGGACAGCUCAGACGAGGAGUGGAAUAGUACGCCCACAAAGAGAGGAGCUUCUAGGAAGCGUUGCCGCUCUGUUUCUGCUUCUGCAGGGACAACGCCCCAGAAAUCCCCAUCCAAGAAGUGGAAAGAGAGUCCCUUCAAAAAGAAGCUCCGCUGUGCAUCCACACCCAAAAAAGACUCCCCCUCCCCCAAGACUGGCAAGAAGUUCUCCACCCCAUGCAGGAAAAAUCAAGGUGGUAAGAGGCAAGCAGAAAAAGGGCCUGUGAGAGAGGAAGAGGGUGAAGCCGAGGAUGGGGACCGGUGGCAUAACGUGGAUGAGGAGGAUAUUGAGCCUCCUCAACCACGGUUCAGACCUGAGAGGGACGUAGGGCCACAGCUGAACAGAACUGCAAAUUACACGCCACUCGAACUGUUCCAGCUGUUUUUCUCUACGACAGUAAUCGAUACAUUGGUCAAGAACACCAAUGCCUAUGGGGAAAAGAAAUACCAAAGCCAGAAGGAAAGCUGGGUGCCGGUCACAACAGCAGACAUGUAUUCUUUCCUCUCACUUGUCCUCUACAUGGGUAUUGUCCCACUAAAAACUCUGAAAGAGUUCUGGAGAGGAUCUAAGCUGUUCAGCCUGCCAUUUCCUGCCUCUGUUAUGCCCUGCAGACGCUUCCUAGCCAUUUCCAACAGUCUACACAUGAAUGAUCUUGCAGUUGAAGCGGCCAACGACCAAAAGAAAGGGACAUCAGGGUAUGACAAACUAUGCAAGAUAAAGCCACUAUAUGAGCAGAUUUUGGAGGCCUGCUACACAUUCUUUCAUCCCUACCAGCAUAUCUCCAUAGAUGAACGGAUGGUGGCAACGAAAGCAAGGAUCGGUUUGAAGCAGUAUAUUAGAAACAAGCCUACUAAAUGGGGCUUUAAGCUCUUUGUUUUAGCAGACUCAAUAUGCGGCUACACCCAGAACUUUUUUGUGUAUGGGGGGAAAAAUGGUGAACCCACAGGGAAGGGGCAAAGCUAUGAUGCUGUCAUGCGACUUCUGGACAUCCCCUUUCUGGGCAAAGGAUACAAGCUCUACGUGGACAACUUUUACACCAGUCCAACUCUUUUCCGUGACCUCCUUCUGAGAAAAAUCUGGGCAUGCGGCACCGUUCGUCCCAACGUCUCCGGUUAUCCCAAAAAUAUAAGGAAUGACAUGACCAAGAAAACGCCAAGGGGAACCAUUCGGUGGAUCAGAAAAGGAGAGCUGUUGUUUGUUAAGUGGUUAGACACCCGGGAGGUUACACUGUGUUCUACUUUACACAAAGCAUACAGCAAUGACACGGCAACGCGCAAAAUGAAAGACGCAGGCGGACAGUGGACAGUAAAGCAGGUGCCUAUUCCAGGCUGCAUCAAAGAUUACAACCAGUACAUGGGGGGUGUUGAUUUGUCAGAUGCACUCAUUUCUUACUACAAUGUCCUCCAUAAAACCCAGAAGUGGUACAAAACUCUCUUUUAUCAUUUUGUGGACAUAGCCACUGUGAAUGCCUUCAUCCUCCACAAGGAAAUGUGCAAACUGCAGAAUCGGCCUGUACUGGUGCAGAAAAAGUUCAGGGAACAACUGAUUUUGUCCCUGGCUGAGAUUGGGUCAACUCCACGCCGGUCGGGUCCACAAAACUUUCCUGCCUCUCCUUUCAAAGUGCCCCCUGCUCCUCCUGCACCCUCGUCCCUGUCCACAGGGCCACCUGCCUCCCCAUCCAGUGUCCCACCGGCCUCUCCUUCCGCAGUGCCAUCUCCUUCUCCAUCCACUGACGUGCCACCUGCUACAGCCUCUCCAAGUGUAGGUCAUCUGCCAACUUACUUUGUAGAACAAAUGAGCAAUGUGGCUCCCAGAGAUCGGGCCACUGCUGGCAGAAGGGCAUGUGUGGUCUGCAAAAAAAAGUCGCCAGUCUAUUGCAGCGUUUGUCAAAAGACACUUUGUUUCACCAGUUUAAGGAACUGCUAUAGUGAGUGGCAUAGAAGCAAUAGUAUCUGUGUCUAAGUGAUCAGACUUUUGCAUAUAGUCUGUAUAAAAUGCCUUUUCCUAGAUGGAGUGAAUUUAUCCGUACUGCAUUGUCACUAAUUUGGGGGUUCGCCCCUCUUAAACAUGUGCCUUUUAUCACCACAAGUGAACAAAUGUCAACUGCCUUUUGGUUUCUUUGCCAAACUCCUAUUUACCGAUGUUACCUCACAAGGUCGUUUCCCCGUGAUUACACAGAGUACUUCACAAGCCUGUUCAAAUGGGCUCCAAGUAGUAUGAGAUAUCUUGGUUAUAAUAGAUAUAGAAUAGAUAAUAACCAUAAUAACCUGUGGUUAGUGAACUAGAGGAGGCUCUACGUAAAUGAAUGAAUCUACCGAUUAUCUUGAUUGGCAGAAUUAAGUGAAUGAAAUCAUCCCCAAGGCUUCAGUAUCUGUUCUUGUCAUUACCCAUUGAAAUACAUCUGUGUCUCUAAAACCCUUAAUAAAAAACAUUAGAGAAUUUA